AUGGUGCCGUGGGAAGGCUACGUGAGCGACGAGACCAUGGGCACCUUCGCGCCCAUCCUGCUCUACUGGGUCUACGCCGGCGGCUACCAGCUCGUCCUGCACCGCCGCCCGCUCGAGCGCUACAGGCUCCACACGCGGGCCGAGGAGGAGGACAAGAACCUCGUCGCCCUCCCCGCCGUCGUGCGCGGCGUGCUCCUGCAGCAGCUCGUGCAGGCCAUCGUCGCCAUGAUCCUCUUCAUGAUUACUUCAGAUAAUUCAACGGUUCUAGUCCAGCCAUCUAUGGUGGUUCAGUCGUUUCAGUUCUUGGUUGCAAUGCUGGUGAUGGACACAUGGCAGUAUUUCGUGCACCGCUACAUGCAUCAGAACAAAUUCCUUUACCGACAUAUCCACUCACAACAUCACCGGCUGAUCGUUCCUUACGCUAUCGGGGCUCUCUACAACCACCCACUGGAGGGGCUCCUAUUGGACACUUUAGGUGGUGCUAUGUCCUUCUUGGUCUCCGGUAUGACGCCAAGGACCGCCGUAUUCUUCUUCUGUUUUGCGGUACUCAAGACGGUUGAUGAUCACUGUGGACUUUGGUUGCCAUAUAACAUCUUCCAGCACUUGUUCCAAAAUAACACGGCGUACCAUGAUAUUCACCAUCAGCUCCAAGGCACAAAGUACAAUUACUCUCAGCCGUUCUUCUCAAUAUGGGACAGAAUCCUAGGAACCCACAUGGCCUACGACCUAGUGAGCCGCAAGGAAGGGGGGUUCGAAGCGAGGCCAUUGCGAGACUAG